UCAUCACCGCCUUCAUGAUGGCUGGGAUGCAGAACCCGGCUCUCCUCUGCGCCCUGGGCAUCCUGCUCAUCCUGCAGACUGAGUCUGUUCACGGUGAGGUCCAGGCCCCGGAGGGGACCCAGGUCCGGUUCCUGGAGCGGGCCCAGGGCCAGUCCGUGGUGUUCCCCUGCCGCGUCCCGCCGCGCAGCCCGCCCACCGUGGGCUUCUCCCUGCAGCGCGGCUGGCUGCGGCCCGGCCAGAUCAUCUUCAAGUACACCGGCAGCGACUUCACCGCCACCGGGGACUCCAGCCGCUUCCAGGUCCGCGGGGACCCGCAGGAGCACGCGGUCAACGUGACCGUGACCGGGCUCGGCCCCGCGGACACGGACCGAUACUUCUGCGAGUUUGUGUGGGAGAAGCAGGACUCCGAGGACCAGAGGAUAAAAGCAGAGACCGAGUUCUUCCUCCUCGUCCACCCUGACGCGGCCGGGCCCCUGGAGCUGGAGCUGGUGCGGCCCUGCGCCGGCGGCUCCGUGGUGCUGCCCUGCUCGGCCCCGGCCGGCGAGAGCGCGUCGGUGGAGGGCGUGGUCCUGAAGAGGCAGCGGGGCCGGGCCCCCGUGGAGGUGGUGUACCACUCCCAGGGCGGCUCCUCCCCGUCCCGGUUCCCCGCCCACAGGGUCCAGCUGUCUUCGGUUCCCGGCCCCCGCGGCUUCACCUACAACCUGACGCUGACGCGGCUGCAGCCGGAGGACGCGGCGCUGUACAGCUGCCAGCUCCUGCUGGCCGGCAGGAACGACGACGGCGGCGCCGGCCUGGGCCGCCGGGCGCUGGUGGUGUCUGUGCAAGGCGGCUGCUCCGGCGGCUCCAGCUACCCGACGCUGCUGUACGUCCUGUCGGCGGCCGUGGCCGUCCUGCUGCUGCUGCUGGCGCUGCUGGGCCUGCGGCUGCUGCGGAGGGGGAAACCGCAGGCCGGCUCCAAGCCGGCGGCCCCGAUCUACGAGGAGAUGGUCGGGGUCAAGGGCCGGAAGCUUCCGUCCCACCUGGCCGACGACGCUGACGCCUCCGAGUACAAGAACUACCAGCUGAGGAAGUCGUGUCCCGGGAACCACUACGAGAGUCCCAGCGGGGCCCUGGGCCCCCGGAGCGACCCGCUAUGAGCCCCGGCACCCGCCGCGCUCAUUAGACUCCCUCUGUUUCUCACUGCUGGACGGAGACGAGCCGGUUGAUGAGCUGCUGGACUGAAGGAGAAGUAAACGCUUUUCAUCACGAAGGGCAGAAACACCAACGUGCCCAAAAGUAGCUCGGGGACGACGAGGACCAGAAGGUUUGGGACGGCAAACACCAAGGAGACGCAGAAUUAAAAAGUGUCACUUUUCUCUGGGGUCUGAGCAGACUCUCUCUGGGGGUCUGCAUAGACCAGGGGUCUGCAACCCGCGGCUCUAGAGCCGCAUGCGGCUCUUUAGCGCCGCCCUGGAGCUUUUUCAGAAAUGUUUGACCUUUUUUUCUUUUUUUUCCUCUUUUUUCAUUUUUUUUUCUUUCUUCUUUUUUUCUUCCUUUUUAAUCUCGACAUUUUGACUUUUUUCUCGAAGUGCAUAAUGAAAAAAAAUCUUCCCCCAGUAAUAACUAAUAUAGAAACAUGCAGCAUGUGUUGUUUUCAUUCUAAGGCUUAUACAAGACUUUUCAUUUUUUGCGGCUCCAGACAUAUUUGUUUUUUGUGUUUUUGGUCCAAUAUGGCUCUUUCAACAUUUUGGGUUGCCGACCCCUGGCAUAGACUCGUCUGCGCAGACUCUCUGGGGAUCUUUUCAGACUAUCUGGAGGUCUGCGCAGCGAUCUGGGGGUAAAUGACAUGUAAAUGGGGGGAAUGUCUGUCUGGGAGUCUGCACUGACUCUCUGGAUGUCUGCGCAGACUUUCUUUGGGGUCUGCACAGACGCUCUGGGGGUCUGUGUAGAGUCUGGAUGUCUGCGCAGACCCCACUUUUUGUUGCUCUAAAACCCAAAGCUCCAUUUAAAGGAGGCGCUGCAGAAGGGGGUGGAGUCACGUGUCUGACUCCACCCCCUAAAAGCAGCCACCAUGAACAAAUCUCCAAAGACGUGGCUGUAAAAGGGAUUUUCUCUGUGAUGUUUAGACUGAAACAUGUACAGGUGUUUUAUCGGGACGUUAAAUCGAUCCUGAUAAUCAUCCUUUAACAGCUCCUGCAGUAUUUAGCUGAGCGGUGUGGAGGUUACCUCUCUCUCAGGGCACUUGUCUUUCGCUCCGUCUCCUCAUGUUCUCUUCUUCACUUCUUUUAGUUCCCUCUGCGAUGAUGUUUGAUGUUUGUAAACUCUCCCUCUUCAAGCCGUCGCAUCUGAUGUACAUAUUACUAUGAAGCGAGUCCAGAGUCACUCUGGGUGCUUUUUGCUGACAUUAAACCUUUUUAAAGAGCUUUAAUCCAACACUUUUAAGGGAACAUAAAAUGUCUCCUUGUCGCACAAACCUUUCCCCGGUUGAAAACCAUGUCAUCAUCCCGUCCGCACAUCUGUAUCUUCACUCAGCUUCACGUCAUCAAACUGGCUUAAAAAAGCUGAACCACUAAAACUUCAAAAAACAGUCUUUAUCAUUUUAAUGGAACAUCUUUUUUGCCCCUUAAUCAUUUUUUGCCAUAUUAUACUAUAGAAAAACGAUGUGUGCAUUACAACAAAAUAUCUUAUUGACAUUCAGAGCGUGUUAAAAAUUCAAAACGGUUCCAUCGAUGUGAUUUUUGUUUUUGAUAUGAUUAUUUUUUAUUAUUUGUUGCUUCCUGACUUUGAUUUGCAAACAUAAAUCUGCUCCCCGUCCGCGGGACUUCUUCAUUUGUCUUUCUAAAGUCGUUUCUGCACUGAGCCCCUCCAGACGUUUAUUUUUGUGUAUUUAUAUAAUUUUAUUUUCACUUUUGUUUCUCCUGAAAUUGUUUCACAACCUUUUGUUCCUUAAAAAAAAAAAAAAAAAAGUCAUUUUGUUUUCACACUUGUCUGAAUCUGCACUGUUUGACAUUAAAUACGUGAUGUAACCUCAUUGUUUUGGUCGGAAAACAAAAGGCAGCUUUACUGUAAACUUCUUUUCUGCAUUGUUGAUCAUUACUUACAUUUUUUUUUUAUUGCAUUAAAUGUAUGUUUUCAAACUUA